AUGUCGACUUUUCCUCCUCCCACUCCACAGGGAAACGGCCAUGCCGGUGACAACGGCAACGCCAUGAACGGCUCCGGUGCUCAAAUGGAAGGCAACUUCCAGACCCCUCCCGUCGUCCCCCAGGGUAACGACAGUGCCAAGACCCUCUGGAUGGGUGAAUUGGAGCCAUGGAUGGACGAGAACUUUAUCAAGCAGAUCUGGUCGACCGUCUGCGGUGAGACUGUUAAUGUCAAGGUCAUCCGCGAUCGCCAGUCCGGCAAUGCUGGCUACUGCUUUGUCGAGUUCCCCUCCUCUGAAGCCGCUACUAAGGCUCUGGGACUUAACGGGUCACCAGUGCCGAACUCACAGCGCGUCUUCAAGCUCAACUGGGCUAGCGGUGGUGGUCUUGUGGACCGUCGUGACGAGCGCGGCCCGGAGUACUCCAUUUUCGUCGGCGAUCUCGGCCCUGAGGUCAACGAGUUUGUUCUCGUUUCGUUGUUCCAGGCUCGAUUCCCAAGCUGCAAGUCCGCCAAGAUCAUGACGGACGCUAUGACCGGCCAGUCUCGUGGUUAUGGCUUCGUUCGCUUUACGGAUGAGUCGGACCAGCAACGAGCUCUCGUUGAGAUGCAAGGCGUCUACUGCGGCAACCGCCCCAUGCGUAUCUCCACUGCCACCCCGAAGACACGUUCUCAUCAACAAUAUGGCAACCAGGGUCCUCAUGGAGCCGGACCGAUGAACAUGACGCCGCCCGCUCAGAACAUGCAGUGGGGCAUGAACCCCUACGGCUACCAGCAACCGCAGGCGCCACCUCCCAACACGGCCUUCAACAACCCCAUGCAGCCAAUGAACCAGUUCACAGACCCGAACAACACGACAGUCUUCGUCGGUGGCCUUAGUGGCUAUGUCACCGAGGAUGAACUGCGCUCUUUCUUCCAGGGCUUUGGUGAUAUCACCUAUGUCAAGAUUCCCCCUGGAAAGGGUUGCGGCUUCGUUCAGUUCGUUCACCGCCACGCUGCUGAGAUGGCCAUCAACCAGAUGCAGGGAUACCCCAUCGGUAACUCUCGCGUUCGUUUGUCUUGGGGCCGUUCGCAGAACAACUCCGGCGUAGGUACUCCCUACCGUCCUGCUCCUCCUCCUCCGCACUGGGGUGGCGGCAUGCCGCCUCACGGCGGUCCGGCCGGCCCUGGUGCUCCUUUCGGCGGUCCUUUCGGCGGCAACCCGCCUCCUCCUCCUGGCGGUCUUCAGGUUAGCCCCCAACCCCCAAUUUGA